AGCAGGUUCCAAGGCUGUACAACGGUACCCACACGUCCAGCCCUGCCGGGCGGGUCCUCACCAGCCUCCACCUUAUCCCUCACUGCACACAAGACCGGCUCGAUGGCCCCAGGCGUGUUGGCCACCACCUUGCGGAUCUCCUCCUCCGAGACACACAAACCCAGCUUGUGGAGGACUUUCCUGCAGAGGAAGCAGGGUGCAGCCCUCAGAGCAGAGUGCCCUGCAGAGCCGGGCAGCAGGGCUGGCUCGCCUCCGUGCAGAGGGGCUGGGACAGGGGCACCUGCUUGCCCCGGUACCCACAGAGACCCGUGGCCAUCUCGUUCCCGGCCACCCCAUCAGGGGUCACAGGACACAUGGUGCCCUGUGCCUUCAGGCCAGACGUACAGCCCCACGAAGGCAGGGGCCCAUGUACUGCUGUGUCUGCUGGGCCUGAGCAGAGCCUGUCACCCAGAACUGUUGGCAGGUGGGUGGGUGAGCGACAGUGUGGUCAGCAUGAUCUGGACACGCAGUCAGAGGGCAAGGCUGGUGCCCUGCUGAGCAGGUCUCGAGCUGACCGGUGCUGUCCUCUUGGCGGGGAGCCCCCAGGAGCCCCAGGUUGGACUGGACAGUGUCAGGGAGACUCACAGCAGGGACACAGCCUGAAAAGUUGUCCCAGGGGUUGGGAGGGGCUGGGGGGAGGCUGCCCAUCCAGGCCAGCCUUGGAGAGUGAGGAGUGGGGCCCCAGCAGAAAAGGCAGGGGGCGGAAAGCCCGCCGCGAAGCCCUGCCUGUUGAGCUUCUGGUCCGUGUUGCAGGUGGGGAUAUAGCUGUGCAGGUCCACAGCCGGGGGCGGAAGAGCUUCACAAUCUCGGCCGGCAUCACCGGGGCAGAGCAGGCAGGGGCGCGAGGUGAGCUAAGAGUCCUUGGAGUCCUUAAGUCAUCCGUCAUCCAGGGCCUCCGAGGUGGAUGCGGACAGAGAGAAGUCCUGGAGAGCACCCGCAGGGUGUGGGCGCCCCAGGGGAGAGGGCUGUGAGAGCCGGCGGGGUCAGAGGAGCUGCUAGG